AUGGUCGAUUGGCGCAGUACUGCCUCACGUGUCCGUAACAGUAUCUCAUCUCGAGCAGAGGCCCUAGCAAAUCGUAAUGAGCCCCCGACGACCUCGGGGCAACGCCGCUUGGAUAGAAGCAACCAUCAAGGCGACUUCAUGCAAUCUCGUGCACCGCAACCGUCUUUAGCAACCGGAUCUGUGCAAAGCAUCGAUGCUACGAGCACCGGAAGCUCGAUGUCGCGAGUUCCGGGAGCCUUCUACAUUCCGACUACCGAUGCCCAGCGCGCUUCGGUCUACAUGCGACCAGAAGAGGGGGCUGCUCUUCGUCGCCAACUCGCUUUUGAUGCCCUCGCUCUCGUCAGGGAACUCCCUUGUUCCGUCGAUGGCUACAUGCUUGUGAAGAGGGACAUGUCGAGAAUUUCCACGUUGUUCAGGUCACAGUGGAUGCAAUUCUGGGCAGAGCUCCGGGGGGGCAUGAUAUUGUUUUGUGAUCCCCACACUAAUACCGACUAUAGUCAACAACAACAAGAGCGUCAGAUCAAGCACGUAGUUCCCGCGACAAACUGCCUUGUUGAUGUCAGACAUACCCCCUCAUACUCGCAGCUCAAACUCCACAGACCGGACGGGCAAUGUGUUGUAUUGAGAAUGGCUACGGCACAAGAUGCACAACAGUGGGCGAUCGCAGUUCAAACCCAAACGUUUCAAUAUACCACAAUUAGACUCGCGGACUUCGACUGGAUUACUGCUAUUGGAAAGGGAGCUAGUGGGAAGGUCUUCCUGGUCCGAGACAAUCGCACUAACGCACGCCUGGCCCUGAAAGUGAUCGACAAAUCUCGAGUGUUUCGGUCCCAGCUUACAUUUCAGCAUGUCAUCAAUGAACGUCUUGUAUUGGAGAUGUGUUCCGGAUGCCCAUUUCUGAUCCAAAUGAGGUACUCUUUCCAGACCGAUUCUCAUCUGUACUUUGCAACUGAUUUUUACGAUGGUGGAGACGUCUUCUCAUUGUUACAGAGCAACGGCAGCAGGUUAAGUGAACCUUACGCAAAACGAAUCAUCGCAGAGAUUAUCCUAGCUUUGUCCUGGUUACAUGAGAGGAACAUCGUCUAUAGGGACUUGAAGCCGGAGAAUGUGGUUCUGGACGGCGAUGGACACGUACGUCUUGCAGAUUUCGGUUUGGCUAAGGUGCUGAAGUCGGACCAUGACUAUUUGACGCAAACGAUUUGUGGCACCACAGCAUACGCUGCUCCAGAGAUGCUCCAGUCAAAACCAUACAAUGUAUCCCUAGAUUUGUGGUGCCUCGGGAUUUUCAUUUAUCACGUGUUAUCAGGUCGACCUCCUUUUAACUUCAAAAAACGAUCGAUGGUGGAAAUGGAACAGAUGCAGCGGAAUAGAACUAUCCACUACUCGCCGUCGCUCAGUCUAGAAGCAGUGUCUUUGAUCAAGGGACUGCUCCAGAAUGACCCUUUUCGCCGGUCUUCGCUUGAGGACGUGAAGAGACAUCCAUUUUUCCGGGGAGUGGAUUGGGUCCGAGUGAUGCACAGAGAGCCGCACCCAGAUGGUAUUUCCCCUUUUGUGAGUGAUAGGGAUCAAAGAGAGAGUGCUGUUGCCCGCCUAGCGGUUGCCCGUGCGCAGCAACUUGGUAUGGAAAGCGAGUCGACCACUUCCCUGGCACGAGCAGACGUACAGGAGAUCAGCUCCAUGACCUUAGACAGAUAUUUGCUACGCAACAUCAACCCGGAAGAAUGGAGGCACGUUAGCUUCAGCGAUGAUGAUGAUGCAUCAGCUUCCGCGGAGUUCCCCCCUUUCGUACACAGAAGGGGUUCUGGAAUGGAGACGUGGGCUAUCGCUGGGUGGGCCUGGACUUGUAGCGAAGCAAGUGGGCUUGGAUCCAUGGGCAGACAUGGGCGACGUGAUUAUGGAGGUCUGGGUGACACGGGAGGCGGAGCAAGCGGCCGAAGGUCUCUCCCUUCGUUAAAGAAUCCAUUCAGGGAUCAACAGUAUGGUCGGAGACCACCGGCAGAAGACCAAGUACAUCCGCAUUUUGCACAACGGCCAUCUGUUCACGGAAACAUUGGAGGCCUUUCGCCGCAAGGGCAACGACACGAGAGGGUUAGACGCGGUAUCCAUGGGUCUGAGUCACACCGAUUGGACUUUAACGCAACUGCAGAGAGACCGCUGCGGCACAGUGCGGACGUUCGGCAUCCCGUUCGCAGCAGUGCAGACGCACCGGGCGCAAGAGAAAUCCCGGUCACGUCUCGGAAGACUGGAGGAAGGGGUAUGUUGAAGCUUGGCCGGAGGCUGACGCCAUCUCGCAGUGGCAAAGGACGUGCGAGCCUCGAUGGGGUGUUGGGCCGAUCAAGACGGAGCAUGGAGGGUAUCGGCCGUGAGGACAGGAAGGUACGAAAUGAAGAAUUUUAUCGCAUGCCAGGAAGAAAUUCUUCACGGAGGCAUGUACGGUCAAGCAUGGAGACGCCGUUUCGAAAGGACCGGAUACGAUCCAGCUUUGAUUUCGGCCGGACAGAGAGUGAUUCAACGUAGGAAGCCAGUGGCAGUUUAAUGCUUGUAGAAAGGCGCAUAUUGGGAUGGGAAGAACUGUACAUGAUUUGCUUUUUGUAUUGGAGUUAUUCGGCUUUUGUAAAGGUACUAGUGUACAUGCAGAUGUCCAGUGCAAAAUGCUUCGGACUUUCAGAAAGCAUUGGCUGCACAGUUUCUG